AUGAAGAUAGCUUCAGCAUGCCAGGGAGGUGAGCCACCACUCCCAUGUGGGUUCUGGAAGUCGCCGUGCUGGGGAGUGCUUGGGCUUUACCGGGCGCAUUUAAAAUCCUGCAAGGAUCCAGAUGCCUGUCCGCAGUUUCGGUGUAAGAUACAACCUGCACAGCCAGCUGCUUCAGAGAAGUUCCCCCCGGGCUUCCGAAAGCACCUCACGAAGUAUCUCAUUGUGUGGGUCUUCUGUGUUGCAGCAGAUUGGCUUCAGGGCCCUUAUGUUUAUGCGCUUUAUUCUGCUUAUGGCUACUCGGAGCACCAAAUCGCGGUCUUGUUCGUGACUGGGUAUGGAGCGUCAGGAGUUUGCAGCUGUGGCAUCGGCUCACUGGCGGACCGCUUUGGUCGCAAGAGAUGCUGCUUGGCAUACUGCGUUCUCCAUGCCCUCGCGGCUAUGUCGAUGCACUGGAAUGUGCACGCGAUUCUUCUGCUGGGGCGAGUUCUGGCUGGAGCUGGGACAUCGAUUCUCUUCUCGUGCUUCGAGUGUUGGAUGGUCUCCGAGCAUACUGCAAAGCAUAAGUUUUCCGCGAACUUGCUGGCGUAUACUUUCAGUCUCAAGUUCUGCGCAAUGUACAUGGUGGCUGUGUUGGCGGGCCUCGGAGCGCAGGCUGUUGUUGAUAGCAGCAAGCUGACAGUGCUGGAAGGCCGUGUCGGCAUUUAUUACGGAGGCUACACAGCGCCCUACGACCUCUCGGCAGCCAUGCUUCUUGUAGGGUUCUGCAUCAUCGCAACCUGCUGGUCGGAGAACUAUGGGCAGAGGUCAGAGCCUGGCAGCAAGCUCCUCAUGUGGGAUGCGGUGAACCUGCUCAUCCAGGAUCGGGACUGCCUUCGUCUCUGCCUGCUUGUCGCAAUCUUCGAGGGCUCUAUGUACGUUUUCGUCUCCAACUGGACGCCUGCCCUCGAGUCGGAGGACACAUCGCCGCCCCACGGUUUGGUCUUUUCGCUCUUCAUGCUGGCAGCCACCUGCGGGUCCUCAGCAGCGACGCUGAGUGGACGCUUCAUCAGUCCACGCAGGCAGCUGCGCAUCAUCAUGCUUCUGUGUGUCCUGUCGUUUGCCCUCGCAAGCCGCAGUGCAUGCACAGCUAUCGGCUACUGCCUGGUCGCCUUUAUGAUGUUCGAGUUCUGCGUGGGUUGGUACUUCCCUUGCGUCGGCAUCGCCAAAAGCGAGAUUGUCCCAGAUCGCAUCAGGGGAUCGAUGUACAACCUCUUCCGGGUGCCGCUUAACGUCCUAGUGUUGGUCCUCCUCCUCACAGACAUCAACAGCGACUCCAGAUUCGCCCUUUGCUCUCUGCUGCUGCUGCUGGCGAUGCUUGCCACCUUUGGACUCGGAAGCAAGCCCAAGUCCUCGGACACCCGCGAGGCCGUCGUUUGUCAGAAGGAGCGUUCCUUCACCGACCGGCUAAUGGGAAACUCGGAGCAGGAUCUUGCACAGUCUCUCGAUGUGCGCGAGGAAGAAGUGUUUCGCUUGGUUAUUCUUCGCGCAGGCUGGGGAAAGGCACAAUGCCUAUGCCCAGGUACAGAUGAGGUACAGGUCUUGCAUCAGUUUUUUGGACAAAUCGCCGCAUGUCUUGCACAGCUCCCAAAAUGCAAGUGGCUCACGCAAGCUGAGGAGAGGGCGUGCGGUUGUUCGUCCAACUCCAACAAUCAAUCGAAAGUCUUUGCUGUCCAUACCCAUAGGCUCCAUAGUAGUUCCUUUUUCGGAUUACCUUAUAGGAUUCGAAAUAUGGGAGUUUCCGAGAAUAGGGGACCCUAA